CUCGUCCACUGGUGUCAACAGUGUAGUUCCUGGGUCUUCUACAAGUACUCGUACCCUCUCCGUAGAUGAAGAUCCGAGUGCGGCAGAUGGAUGUCGUCCGAAUGUCCGAGAACAACAGGAUUCACGUUCAGGCGCAACUGCUUCUUCGGCUCUGAAACGGCUUCCUUCUCGAGUACGAAAUAUCUUUUCCCAAAUCAAAUCUGAAGAAGCAAAACAAUGGGCGCGCGAGGGGGUGGACCUGGUGUUGACUGAAGGCUGUACCUAUGCCUGGCUCGACCACAUGGUUGGAACGCCUGAAACCAUAGGAGGCCACUUUCUCGCGACGUGUUUGGGUCAAGUUGUGCGAACAUUUCUGCGACGUAUCUUGAGAGAGCUGAAAGCAAGGAUUAAGGGUAGGGUAAAGGUGCUUUUGUUCCCGCUUUUUAUGCCUUUCCUAAGGGAGAAAGGCAGAAAAAGCGGGGUCCACGAGCACCAAAACCCUACCUCUAAACGGAUCAUAUGUCCGAGCAGACCUACAGCAACAACAGGACCAGAAGGUCACCAGGCUGCUCCAACUCCUAGCAGUCCACAUCGAGUGCUAGAAGCAACUCCAACUCCUAGUAGUACGAGCUUAUUUCUCGGUGGUUCUAGGCGUCGACAUAGCGCACCACCAACACCAAGGGUUUUAGAUUUGGAUUUGUUGGAUCAGCGACAACUACCUGUGUCUUUCAUUCGUGGUUGUGAUGCAGGUGCCUCUAAUGCUACAGCGAAUCUUCCCGUUGAUGAACAGGUAGAUGAGAAGGCACAUCGACACUCGGAUCCGAAAGGAGACACGAACGACCCACAAUCGUUCUAUUGUAGUAGUAGUACAUCCUGUUCUUGUUCAUCUGCCAGCAGCAGUGCAAGUGUGGCCACCUCUUCUGCGGCUUCGGCUUCUAGUCAGUCAUCCUCACGUUGGAGGUGGCACAUCGGUAGCGGAUCUUUCCUCUCAACUGCAUCUUCAUCAUCGACAUCGCAAACUGACACUUUGCCUUUAUCGCUAUCCAGUGCGCACCAGCUGAAUUCUCCUUCAUCACGAGCAGAGGAAGACAGCGAACAAAUUGUCAAUUCCGAGGAAGACGAAAGCGAAGUUGCUCUAGCUAUUCCAGAAGUCUGUAGUGAACUCACCGGGUCACUGCUAAAUUUGUCGGAGCCUGCAUCCACAAUCGUGCAAGAGGUAGUGCAGAAGGCAGUCGAACGCGUUUUAGUAUCUGGCAGAGAUGAACUCUUGUCGCAAGAAGACCAUUUGCUCCUGUUGCAAAAAGCUCAGCAAAUUCUGACAUCACCUGUGGCUGUGGUGGAAAAAAAUUUUGAACGUUUGAGUCAUUUCCAAUUGCUUGUGCGGAACGCUUGCAGAGUAGAUCGAGUGAAAGAACGGUUUUUGCGGAGACUUAGGAGGCAUGUUUAUGAAGAUUUAACGAAUGCGACGUCGCAGCGCUCGUCGACUUCGUCAUCAAGUAGAUUACCUUCUCAUCCGAGUUCGAGUACUACUGCAGCUAAUCCGCUUUUGACUUCUUCUCCUCCCGGUCCUUCAUCAUCGAAUUCGCCUCUCAGUGAAGAUGCGCAGGGGAAUAUACCCAACGAGACGAAACACUUCCCGGAUGGCUGAAUAGAAGUUGGAAAGCAGAGGUAAACAAGAACCUCCCAAUUAAGCAGAUCAAUAUAUCGUAGCUGUGAGUGCGUGGCUUUCACUUUUUUCAGAAGCAAUGUAGGAAUUCCAAUAGAUGAAAGAGAUAGACAACCAAGAAUGGCACUACGCCCAAAGCACCACAUAUCAUAUUACCUUGCCCACAUGAUCUAGCUACAGUAUCUAUUGACCACAUAUAUAAGCGUCAUUCUCCCUCAUCAUAAGUCUGCCAAAAAAGAUAAAGAUGAAAACCUCAACCGAGAGCAAGCUUUCUUCUAAUUUCUUCUCCUAAGACCAAGUAAAUAUGGAUUCUUUUGAACGUUAUCUAUAUGUGGUCGACCUAGCUAUGUAUUUAAGUCAACGCGAUAAACAAAAUUGCAAAGCCAAAAUGUGUAGAGAAUGACAAACUCCGGAUGUUAGGAAUCAGGUCUAUGUAAGUAGCUAAAGCACCAUCCUCACUGAAAUCAUCAGCAGAUGUGAACAACUGUUUGAUUUUCUACGAAGGGAGGUUUUACCAAAGCUAACAGUUUGGCCUUCACGAAGUAGUGAGCGGGACGAGCAU